AUGUCAAGGACAAAAUCUAUACUCUUAGUUAAUGGCCCAAAUCUCAAUCUUCUAGGCACGCGCGAACCCGCAAUCUAUGGAUCCACUACUCUCUCGGACGUCAUCUCCUCUGCUACAGAACAAUGUGCCAAGCUCACUCUGCAAUUCUCACAUGUUCAAUCCAACCAUGAAGGCGUAUUAGUAGACCGCAUACACGAGGCGCGUGGCCAUAUCGACUUUGUCGUGAUCAAUCCCGGAGCUUUUACGCACACUAGCGUGGCACUGCGGGAUGCCUUGAGCGGUGUAGAUAUGCCGUUUGUGGAAGUUCACAUUAGCAACAUUCAUAAGAGAGAAGCUUUCCGACAUCAUAGCUACCUGAGUGACAAGGCAGAGGCGGUGAUUUGCGGACUGGGUGUGUUUGGAUAUGAAGCGGCUAUUGAGUAUGCUGCCAGGUACCUUGAGAAGAAAGAGAAAGCAAAGCUAUAG